AUGUCUGUUGCAAUCGAUACGAUCGAGCUACGUAUGGCCCGUCCAUCUGAUAUCGGGGCGAUUCAACGCCUUUGCCUGGAAUGUUUCCCUGUGCGUUAUCCGGAUCUGUGGUACAACGAAUUAGUCUCCACCACUCGCUAUCUCACUCUUCUUGCCUGCCUUCCUUUAUCUAAUUGUCGUCAGUUCGAAGCUGUACGAGGAGAGGAGGGGAGCGUUGUUGGUCUUAUAGUUGCAGAAUAUCGCGCUCUCGGUAGCUGCAAAGUGGCUGUGAGACUCUUCAUCUCGCUCAUCGAUCGGACAAUUAUUCAUCCAAGAUUGUCGGCUAGUUCAGUUGUAAUGUACAUCCUUAGUUUGGCUGUCACCUCACGGUAUCGCAAAUGUGGCAUUGGCUCUCUUCUCCUCUCCGUGCUCCUUGAUCAUGCGAAAAGGCAACGGUACUUUUCAAGCUGCGCUGAUCCUGGUACUAACAAUUUACAGUAUCAGCCACUCCUUGAAUCCGAUGAACCCAUACCAUCAACUCUUCACUUAAGUCCACAUCAGUUCAAGUUUGUUCGAUGGUUGUGGCAGCAGCAUCGAACCUACAUGCCCUGCCGUGCAGUAUAUUUGCAUACUGAGUGCACCAACCACGUUGCAUUGCGGUUCUAUCGGCACCGAGGCUUCAAUCUACACCACCUAGUUCCGCGUUGCUACCUCAUCGAGGGCCGCGUUGCUGAUGGAUUUUGCUGUGUGUUUUACUGCAAUGGUGGAUAUCCACAUCGCUCGUUUGCGUAUCCUUUCUACUCACUACUUUAUUUUUUCAAGAUUUCACGGAUUGUGCCCUGGCAACGCUCCCCGUCCGCAUCGGCUUCUUCGGAUACCACCUCCACUCUCUUUCUUCCUCAGUCGCUUUAG